GCCGACAGAUGCCGACACAGAGCAUACUGCAUAACUUGCAACACGUAGUAUUUUCGUAGUGUAAACAACAGAGCAUUAUACAAUUAUACGCGGGCGAUAUAUUACUGAUAUUUAUUUUCUUCACAAUGUUCGAGGCGCACAGCAUCAAUGCGGAACACAAAGAUCUCAUACACGAUAUUGCUUACGAUUAUUAUGGCGAACGCAUGGCGACAUGUUCCAGUGAUCAAUUUGUCAAGGUCUGGGACGAAGAUGAACAUGGAAAUUGGCAUUUGACUGCUUCUUGGAAAGCUCACAGUGGCUCAGUGUGGAAAGUCACUUGGGCACACCCAGAAUUUGGUCAGGUUCUUGCUACAUGCUCGUUCGAUCGCACUGCUGCUGUUUGGGAGGAAAUUGUUGGUGAAGGUUCUGGGCCGGAGGCACGUGGUAGUAAGCAUUGGAUUAAAAGAACAAAUUUAGUUGAUUCGCGUACUUCUGUCACUGAUGUCAAGUUUGCACCAAAGACUUUGGGUCUUUUAUUGGCCACUUGUAGCGCAGAUGGAUUUAUUCGAAUAUAUGAGGCACCAGAUAUCAUGAAUCUGAGCCAAUGGACAUUACAACACGAUAUCAAUUGCAAACUUUCAUGUAGUUGUCUAACAUGGAAUCCAUCUCUCUCGAGAUUACAUCCACCUAUGAUAGCAGUUGGUAGUGAUGACUCAAAUCCAUUGCUUGGUGCAAAAGUCUUUAUUUACGAAUAUUCUGAGAGCAGUAGGCGUUGGGUGAAGGCUGAGACAUUAUCAAGCAUUACGGAUGCAGUUUAUGAUAUUGCAUUUGCUCCUAAUUUAGGUAGAAAUUUCCAUACAUUGGCUAUAGCCACAAAAGAUGUACGGAUAGUUACCUUGAAACCAAUACAGGAGAGUAUGCAGACUGGUGUGUCACAUUUUGAAACAAAUGUAGUUGCGCAAUUUGAUGACCAUUAUUGCACUGUGUGGCGUGUUAGUUGGAAUUUUAUGGGAACGAUUUUAGCAAGUUCCGGUGAUGACGGCUGCGUUCGAUUGUGGAAGGACAAUUAUAUUAAUCAUUGGAAAUGUAUUUCUGUUCUCAAGGGAGACGGUACUCCGGUUCAAGGUGCCGAAACUCCUGUUUUAGCAACUCCGCCGAAUUCAUCUACACCAGCUCAACAAACGCCGUCUACCACCAGGUACUAUAAACUGGGUACCAUCAGUCAUCCAAAUCAAGUACCUUGGCAUUAGAAGAGUUACUCCAUUUCUAGAAUAGAUAAUUAUCAAUUAUUUUGAAUUUAUUAAUGUCAGUUUCUAUCAGAUAGUAAAAAUGUGUGGAACGUACAUUCUCUUUGUUAUAUUAAAAAUUGUAAUUUAUCUGUUCUCCAUCCAUGUAACUCCUUAAUUUACAUAUAUAUUUUAUUUUGUUUACAAUAUGUUUAUUCGUAACAUCGCGUCUUUUUAAUGUUGGUUAUAUUUUUUUAAAGCAGUCAUAAGUGUCAAAUGUUUACACCAUGCUAAAUGUAUCACUACACAAUGCUGUUCUGCACUUUUAUUGUAAACGUACAUUUUAUUUGGAACUAAUUUUUUAUUUAGACGCGCUCAAUUCGAUUAUCACAUAAUUGUUUAUUAAAUUUUUGAUAUUGAAAUAUUGAUUAUAAAGAAGAAUAUAGUAUACAUAUGUAAUAAAAUAUAUAAACAGUUUUUGAGGAAUGAAUGGAGGAUAUGAGUGUCAUAGUAUAAAUGUAUUUGUUAAAAUCAGACUUGGAGAGAAGCUACUAAUAUACUCAAAUUUUGGUAAAUUAUUUUUUACUAUCAAAAUUUAUUACCGAAAUAAAUAGUGAAAGAUUUGUAAUAAACUUUUCACUAAUAAACGCUACUUCUGCAUUA